UUACAAUUAUGUCACGUUUGCUUUUCCCAAUUCCAGCUCCAAAGUUGUGCACAUGUUGUUUUACUCUAAAUUAUUCAAGAUUCCAUUCUUUCAAAUAUUUAUACUUCUUUUUUUCUUAGACAUAAGCAGUUUGAUUUAUCGGGAUUGUUUGGGCAGAGAUGGGCAUAACUGGCAAGCUUGUUAGAAGCGUCUUCUCCAAAACCCAGAUGCAUGUAACUAGCCAUCAAGGGAGCAGUGGUUCAGAGAAAAGGAAAUGGAGUAGCUCAGUGCGGUCCUACUUAUGCGGAGAGGAGCAUAGCUCACUCGAGGACUCCGCCUCCACGGUGGCAGAGACGGAAUAUGCUUCGUUUAGAAGCAACGUGGCAACGGACAAUACGAGGGGCAGCCGGCCAGAGGAGGAUACGGCUUCUGUGCGUAGCUCCGAGGCCACGGUCAACCAGCCGGAGCCCGGUUAUGACAACACAAAGGAGAAGGAAAACUCAACCUACAAACUCUUCCAGCAGGAAGAUGCUGCCUUCAUCAUUCAGUCAGCAUUUAGAAACGUUAUGGCAAGGCGUGAGGAGAGACGCGGUGCUGCCAGUCCGAGUAGAGAGUCUGUAGGCACAUCACUGGAAGUACAAACUGCCGAUUCAUCCCACAUUUUCUCUAUCAAGGACGAAAGGGAUGACGUCUGCCAUCUUCUACGUCGUCCAACUCGGGCACAAGUGCUCAAAAUCCAGGAGGAUUGGGAUGACAGCACUGUGAGCAGUGUGAUAUCCAAGAUGAGAAUGCAGAACAGGCUCGAAGCAGCAGCUAGGCGCGAGAGGGCUCUCGCCUACGCUUUCUCACAACAGCUAAGAAUCUGUUCGAAGAAGCACAGCAGCGGUGAGGAGUCGAACAUGGGGUGGAACUGGCUGGAGCGAUGGAUGGCAGCGCGAGAGCCCGAGAUGAAGCUGAUAGCAGACGACACGAAAGCAAUGGCAAGGAAUGCAGCAGUGUUGGAGGAGAAGGAGAGCUGUGGAUCUAAUGAGAUUUCUUCACUAUUUGAAUUCUCGAAUUCUCUCCCCAAAAAUCUUCCAAAGCCAACCAACAAGCCUAGGAAUCUAGCUAAAAGAAGCUUCUCUAGACAGAGCUCCACAUCAAGCCAUUUGACC